UCUCCGCCGGGGGACUGAGACACAGGAGAGACAUGAGAGCGCGCAACGGGCUGCUGGUGCUGGUGGUGGCGCUGCUCCUCGCCACCUUUCGGACAGGUAAGACGAAGCCCCAGAUCUUCCCAGGUAAUGGACAGCUGGUGGUGUCCCUGCACUCCAACUUCAGCCUCCGCUGUGAGGAUGAGGGCGCUGUGAGGUGGAAGGUUCCAGAACGCAACAGCAUCUUUCCAGUGGAGCAGAAAGAGGGCGUCGCACUGCUCACAGUGCACAGAGCACAGCCACUGCACAUGCGCCGCUACAUCUGCGAGAAUGAGAAGAGAACGGAGGAGAGCUCCAUCUACGUGUUUGUCAAAGAUCCCAGCCACGCUUUCCGGAAGACCAUCAUGAAAAGCAUCCUGGGCAAGAUGGGCGAGAGUUGCGUCAUCCCGUGUCAUCCGACAGACCCAGGCGUGGCCGACCUGCAGCUGGCCACAUGUGACGGGGGGCCAUUGCCCCAGGAGCUGAAGUUCAGCGUCAGCGUGGAACAUGGCAUCACCAUCAGCUCCCUGCGCCAGAGCUUCUCGGGCUGCUACGUGUGCACGGCCGUGCUGGACGGAGCACCGGUCAAGUCCGACGACUACACCCUCAUUGUGCGGCCAGUUCCAGAACACCUGCCCGUCCUCCACUUCUCUGAGAAAGAGACAGUUAUUCUCACCGUGGGCCGGUCCUUCAGACUCACGUGCAACACCUCCAACAUCAACAGCAACUUCAGCCUCCACUGGAUUCCUCCUCCAGGCGUGAAGGCCAACAUGCUCGUGAGGCCCCAUAUGCAGACAAACCCCCUGCUCUACCUGAAGAACACUUCUCUUCAGGUUCCUUCGGUGACCAUAGAAGACUCUGGCAACUAUCGGUGUGAGGCCACCAAUGAGAAGGGCGUGACUUCAUCGUCCGUCGAGCUCGCGGUCUACGAGAAAGGCUUCAUCAACCUGACAGAGGUUGGCAAUCGUACGGUCCACACCCGCGUAGGAGACAGCCUCACGCUUCGGGUGGCGCUGGAGGCCUAUCCCAGGCCGCAGGCCAUGUCCUGGCUGUACCAAGGAGAGGCGCUACAGAACAGCUCGGACCACAUCAUCACCGCACAUGAAGCAGGCUACAGGUACCUCAGCGAGCUGAAACUUGUCCGUCUCAAAGUGUCCGAGGGCGGAGUCUACAUCUUCAGCGCCUGGCACUCUGACACCUCGGCCAACUGCUCCUUCGCCGUCCACGUGAUCAGUAAGCCGGAGAUCGUGGUUCGAGAGGGGCCCCUGGACGGACAGGUGCGCUGUGUUGCCGAGGGUUACCCCACCCCCGAGAUCUCCUGGUUCUACUGCGACCAGCCUCACAGACGGUGCUCGCAGCUGCUCAACUCGACGCCGGAGGUGCAGGACGUCAGCACGGUCGUGCUCUCGAACCCCACGUUCGGCCGCAGGAAGGUCGAGAGCCGCCUCAACGUGAGCAGGACGGGCUACCCGACAGUGGAGUGCUUGGCGACCGUCGACGACCAGGAGGCCUUCUUCCUCUUCUCCAUCAGCGAGCGUACUGUGCAACAUCACCUCUUCACACCGCUGCUUACUGGAUUUGUCACGACUGCCGCCCUGCUCUGCAUUGUCCUCGUGCUGCUGUUUUACAAAUACUUACAGAAACCCAAGUAUCAGAUCCAGUGGAAAGUGAUUGAAGGUAUCCAUGGCAACAAUUAUGUUUACAUCGACCCCAGCCAGCUUCCGUAUGACCACCAGUGGGAGUUCCCACGUGACAAGCUCCGUUUCGGUAAAACGCUGGGCUCCGGUGCCUUCGGGAAAGUGGUCGAAGCGACCGCUUACGGCAUGUCCAAGGCCAACACGGUCAUGACGGUGGCGGUGAAGAUGCUCAAGCCGAGUGCUCACGCCACAGAGAAGGAGGCGCUCAUGUCGGAGCUCAAGGUGCUCAGUUACCUGGGUCACCACAUGAACAUUGUGAACCUGCUGGGAGCCUGUACUGUGGGAGGUCCCACUCUCGUCAUCACAGAGUACUGUUGCCACGGAGACCUCCUCAACUUCCUGAGGAGGAAGCGAGAGAUGUUCUUCUGCUCCAAGCUGGCAGAAGAGUGUCACUACAAGAACGUUGUGCCGGAGCCCAUGAGGGACGACAACCACAACGGCUACAUGACCAUGAGACCGUCAGCUGCGAGGACCGCGGUGCACGUGAGCGCCCCCGAGAGGAGGCCCUCCCUGCGCAAAGCGGGAGGGUCCUGCGGGGAUGGCGACACCCAGACGGAGGCACUGCUCGAGGACUCCAUGUCCCUGGACACCGAGGACCUGCUGAGCUUCUCGUAUCAGGUGGCCAAAGGGAUGGACUUCCUCGCUUCCAAAAACUGCAUUCACAGAGACCUGGCGGCCAGAAACGUCCUCCUUACCCAGGGACGCGUGGCUAAGAUCUGUGACUUUGGGCUGGCGCGGGACAUCACCAAGGACUCCAACUACGUUGUCAAGGGCAACGCCCGUCUUCCUGUCAAGUGGAUGUCCCCAGAGAGCAUUUUUGAGUGUGUCUACACUUUUGAAAGCGACGUCUGGUCCUACGGAAUCCUGCUCUGGGAGAUUUUCUCUCUGGGCAGCAGCCCGUAUCCCAGAAUGCCAGUGGACUCCAAGUUCUACAAGAUGAUCAAGGAGGGCUACAGGAUGAAAGAGCCAGAGUUUGCACCCAGUAAAAUGUACGAGAUCAUGAUGUCGUGCUGGGACGCCGACCCAGUCAAGAGACCGUCCUUCGGCAAGAUUGUGGACAAGAUCGAACAGGAGCUGUCGGACAGCACCAAACAUAUUUACCUGAACUUCAGCUCCCGGCUCAUGGCGAGGGACGACCACAACGGGCACUUCCUGCGUCUCAAUUCAGUGGGCAGCAGCACGGCCUCGACGCAGCCGCUGCUCGUCAGUGACGAGGUCUUCCAUGAGGAGACGCUGUGCCCCCCGAGGGCAUGAAGCUGCUCACGUGGCCAGGAUGUACUGCAAGUGCCUCCCCCCAAGUUCUCAACGCUGGCACUCUUCAUAGACGAGGCGACCUCUAAGGCUCCUGUCUGAAGAAGUGUCGCCUCACACACAAACACACACUUGUUGAUGCUGUUGUGCAAGGAAAACUGUGACAGGGAGAGACGCCACCUCGCUGUCUCUCUCUCUCUCUCUCUCUCUCUCGAGAAAGCACCGCCGCUUCUUCUCGGAUGCUGCUCUGUGCCCUGUCUGCGCCCAGUAACACUGUCCGUGUUGUAUGCCAGCGUGCAUUGGAUGUAGUCGUGCAGUUCCUGUGUGCUGCUCCGUGUAAAACUCUACUGCUUACAUGUGCCGUUACAUGUGAACCUCAGUUAAUCAGAAGCCGGUAGCCAUUCACGGGAAUUGUGGUCCAGGAUCAAGGAGGACGUUGCUCUUCAUCCUCUGGAGCCGUGUGUGUAGAGUCCGUAGGCCAGACUGCUGCAUGAGAAGGAAGAGCUCGUUUCGGAGAACAAGAACGUGUUUUAUAGGCAAUCGGCUGUCAUUCCCUUCACUUUGGCAAUGACCCAAAGAAGCCGCUUUCCCGUCAAAUGCAGAUAUUUAGUGGCCUGUCUUGUGCUUCGGAAAGUCGCUCAACGUUCUCCCAGACUUCAGUAUUAAUGUGUUAGUGCUACUUGAUCACUUUGACGUGUGAAGGCUUUCUGAAGCUGUGGCUCUUCACAUCCACCCAGGAGGUGGUUCUGCCUCUAGGAAGCUACGCUUGAGUGUCUUCUAGAGGAAGCAGUGCUGAGCGUCGCUUCUGUCGUGCGCGUUUACAUGGUCGCCGCAUGUGCGGGGCAGCUACUGUAGCAACGCAGCGCUCUGGUAGUGCUCUGCUAAGGCGUGUUCCACACACACCUUUUGAACGCAUCGGUGCAGGGCCUUUAGAAAGGACUCGAGCAGCAGCAGGAAACAGGCAGCUUUUUCUCGUCUCAUUCUGCCCUUGGAUUCUCUCACUUUGCAGCUCGUUUCCAAGGAACGUUUGUCUUCGGUGCUUCGUCAAAAGGCAGCUGUUGGUACGCUUCAGGUUCCCGAAGGGUUUGCAGGUGAUUUCAGGCUUCACUGGGUCCCUCUAAAGGGCACUUCGGGCCCUGCCAAUUGUCUUCAGGCUUUCGGCGAUUCGCAUGUGAGUUCAGGACCACCUCCCUGCUGUAGGGAAGUUUAGGCCCGGCUGGGUUCGUUCAAAGGCACCACUGUUCUGCAGGUUCUUUUUGACCAAUUUAGGCACCUUCAGGUUUGGGACAGGCCUGUCAGGGAAUUGGGCUCACACUCGGUUCCUUCCUUUACGCGUCCUUCGUUCCUUCCACGCCGAGUUCCUCGGUGAGUUCGGGUUCCGUUGGGCUCCGUCAGGUCUGGUCUUCAGGUAAGUUUGGCCCGGCUGGGUUCCUUCAAAUGCGGAGCUGGUCCGCGGGUGAGUUUAUGCUCCGUUAGGCCCGUUCAGGUUUGCGGUUGCUCCGUAGGUUCGUUCAGGCCUUACCGGCUCCCUUCAGGGUUGUGGUAGCGUGCCCGAGUCAUCGGGCUCCUCUGUUCUCACUCCAAGCUAAUUCCUCUGCAGGAAGUCCCACUUCCAGGUCUUGGCUAGAGCCGUGAGUCAGCCUGCGUUUCACUUCCCCAUUUACAUGAGCGUGGACGCACCUGGCCAGAAAGCACUUCUCCACAUGGCCAGUUCCACGCUUGUCGGGCUGGAAGGACUGCCACGCUAGCUAGAGACCGUUUCCGUGACACACGCUUCCGUCCCGUUCCGUUCUUCUUCGCACAGUUCACGCUCCGUACAUACACCGGGAGCUGGUUACGUUAACGAUCCUUCUGUGUCUUUUUAUUGCGUUUUUAACGGUACGUCUAAUGAGAUGUCGUAAUCCUCGAAAGUCAGGCUGAUCGGCGAAGCAGCCAGCUGCCAGGUCAGGGCCCAUAGCCAAAGAAAUCGGUUUGCUGGAGGUAAAACAAGAUAUGGGGCAUCUACCUUGCUUUUGCAUUCUUUGUGCCGGUAGAGACACCACAUUACUACUGUGGUGCACUGUAUUCGCACAAGCUGGUGGAACGUAUUUGCGCUCCCUUCAGCCCUUGUUAGCGUUAGCGUUGUAGCAAUGAAUCCUGUACCCUUCGGCGUACCUUCUUCCAACCACCAGGUCUACUAGUUGUUCUUGUCUCGAUGGAUCACCUGGACUCCACGGGCUCCUGGAUGACAGUCGAUAGUACCUGACAUUUCCGCUAUUUCAGGAGUGUUUGUGAAGGCCAAAACUUUUGCAUCGUCAGCACUUUAUCAGAAACACAUGGCUGUGUACAGUUGCUCACCUCUGUCUCUAGCUCGGAAACAGCUUUCAUGUGUCGCAGGACAUGAAAACAGCAACUUUCUGCCACUGUAACGAUAAACGAAUUCUGCGGCCGGCCGCGACGAGCUCUUCGCUGCGGCUCCAUCCGUGUAACAGGCGGUCACUUAGGCGGUCGCCGGAGGCUCGGCUGUAGAUGGUUCACCUUCCCGUCAUCCUCGCCAGGAGGAGAGCCAGGGUCCCGUCCCCAGGUCUCCGCCCUCGAGCUGUCGCAUCAGCUGAAUACGAAUUACUGCGCGUGCCAGUCACUUUUUCUGAAACGGAAACUCGUGUGUGUAGUGGGAGCGGUGAGAGAUCACCGGGACGUCAGAGCUUCAACUCGUACCAGUUUUUUUGCAUUCUGUUAAUGUACAUUUACUUUUUUGAAAUGUUUGACCUCUUGUACAGGGCUGGAAAGAUGUGCUGUGUAAAUGUGCUUAACGUCUCGCUGUUUUUGUUCAUGUAAAUAAACU